AGCGCUCGGGAUCUCCGGAGUCCGACUGCGCCUCUGAUUUGCUCUUAACGGCAGCAGCCACACGCGCAUGCAGGCACACACACACACACACACAUUCCCUUCCUCUCCACUUCCUGGCUGUGCACGUUACCCUUGAGAGCGCCGUGCUGCAUCCCUCUCGCUGCAAUCGCCGGCUCUGGUGUGGCAUCAGCCCUCUCCUCUCCUCUCUCUCUCUCCCUCCCUGCCUCCUCUCCUGCUGCCGCCCCUCCCUGGCUCACACAGGCAGAGCCCGAGCUGCCACAAACACAAUGUCGUUUCCGAAGGAGCAUGUCUGAUUCUCUCUGGGCUGCCUUGUCCAAUUCCUCUAUGCUGCGCUUCUUCGACAGCAACAUGUUUCGACGCACAAAAAGUUGCCGCACCAGUAACAGGAAGAGCCUCAUUCUGACAAGCACCUCCCCCACGUUGCCCCGCCCACAUUCACCAUUGCCUGGACACAUUGGAAGCAGCCCCCUGGACAGUCCCAGAAACUUCUCCCCCAGCACCCCAGCACACUUCUCCUUCGCCUCGUCCAGAAGAGCGGACGGGCGACGCUGGUCUCUGGCCUCCCUGCCUUCAUCAGGAUAUGGGACCAACACACCUAGUUCAACGGUAUCUUCCUCCAGUUCCUCGCAAGAGCGGCUCCACCAGCUGCCCUUCCAGCCCACAAUGGACGAGCUCCACUUCCUGUCCAAGCACUUCGGCAGCACCGAGAGCAUCACUGAUGACGACGGGGGUCGGAGGUCGCCAGCCGUGCGGCCCCGCUCUCGGAGCCUCAGCCCGGGGCGCUCCCCAUCCUGCUACGACAAUGAGAUUGUCAUGAUGAACCAUGUGUACAAGGAGCGCUUUCCCAAGGCCACGGCCCAGAUGGAAGAGCGCCUCUCGGAGUUCAUCACCGCUUUCUCCCCUGAGAAUGUGCUGCCCCUGGCUGACGGGGUCCUCAGCUUCAUCCACCACCAGAUCGUGGAGCUGUCCCGGGACUGCCUGACCAAAUCUCAGGAAGGCGUCAUCACCACCGUCUACUUCCUCGAGCUGCAGGAAAACCUGGAUAAACUCCUGCAAGAUGCCUUCGAGCGGUCGGAGAGUUCCGAGGUGGCCUUCGUCACACAGCUGGUGAAGAAACUCCUCAUCAUCAUCUCCCGGCCAGCCAGGUUGCUGGAGUGCCUGGAGUUCAACCCGGAGGAGUUCUACCACCUGCUGGAGGCGGCAGAGGACCACGCCAAGGAGGGGCACCUGGUGAAGACGGACAUCCCGCGCUACAUCAUCAGCCAGCUGGGCCUGACCAGGGACCCACUGGAGGAGAUGGUCAAUCUGGACAGUUACGACAGUGAGGGGCCUCACACACCAGAGACAGAUGACUCUGUGGAGGGGAAAGUGAAAGCCAAGAAGCCGCCCAAUGAGACAGACUUUCAGACCAUCAAGCUCAUCAGCAAUGGGGCGUACGGCGCGGUGUACCUCGUGCGCCACAGGGAGACCCGGCAGCGCUUCGCCAUGAAGAAGAUCAACAAGCAGAACCUGAUCCUGCGCAACCAGAUCCAGCAGGCCUUCGUGGAGCGGGACAUCCUGACCUUCGCCGAGAACCCCUUCGUGGUCAGCAUGUUCUGCUCCUUCGAGACGCGCCGCCACCUGUGCAUGGUCAUGGAGUACGUGGAGGGUGGAGACUGUGCCACCCUGCUAAAGAACAUCGGUGCCCUGCCUGUGGAGAUGGCACGCAUGUACUUUGCAGAGACGGUGCUGGCACUGGAGUACCUGCACAACUACGGCAUCGUUCACAGGGACCUCAAACCUGACAACCUGCUCAUCACCUCCAUGGGGCACAUCAAGCUGACCGACUUCGGGCUGUCCAAGAUGGGCCUGAUGAGCAUGACCACCAACCUGUACGAGGGCCACAUCGAGAAGGACGCCCGCGAGUUCCUGGACAAGCAGGUGUGCGGGACCCCCGAGUACAUUGCCCCGGAAGUGAUCCUGCGGCAGGGCUACGGCAAGCCGGUGGACUGGUGGGCCAUGGGGAUCAUCCUGUACGAGUUCCUGGUGGGCUGCGUGCCCUUCUUCGGAGACACCCCCGAGGAGCUCUUCGGCCAGGUCAUCAGCGAUGAGAUCGUGUGGCCAGAGGGUGAUGAGGCCUUGCCAGGUGACGCCCAGAGUCUGAUCUCUGCCCUCCUCCAGACCAACCCCCUGAUGCGACUGGGCACAGGCGCAGCUUUCGAGGUGAAGCAGCACUCGUUCUUCAAGGACCUGGACUGGAACAGCCUGCUUCGACAGAAGGCCGAGUUCAUCCCACACCUGGAGUCAGAGGAGGACACCAGCUACUUUGACACUCGCUCGGAACGCUACCACCACAUCAACUCGUACGAGGAGGACGACACCAACGACGACGAGCCCGUGGAGAUCCGGCAGUUCUCCUCCUGCUCGCCGCGCUUCAGCAAGGUGUAUAGCAGCAUGGAGCACCUCUCCCAGCUGGAGCAGAAGCCCCCUGCCGUCACCAAAAGGGACCCCAAAACCCAGAAGGAGGACAAAGUGACCAAGAGAGAGAGCCUGGGCAGUUUUGGGAUGCGGGACAAGAGCUGGAGGACAAGUUCUCCAGACAUGAAGCGCUUCUCCUGCUCUGAAUCCUCCUACACUGAGAGUGACUCCAGCCCCCCACUGGGGGCACGACGCCGUUUCUCAGCCUUGAUGGACACCCAACGCUUCGCCUCACCGCAAGAGGGCGACAGUGAGACACAGCAGCUCAAACAGGCCCAGAGCAGGCCUGCCCAGGAGGGAGGGGCUUCUACACCUACCAGCCAAUCAGAGCCCAAACUGAUCAGAGAAGGCAAUGGAGUGUCAGCUGCUGCCACCAAUGAUAAAGCCCCGAAGGCAGGUGACAUGGCCACAGCCGGGAAGGACACUACAGAUCCCUCGUCCCCCCGUGCCACCAGCGACCUGGUCCUCCGGCGGGCACGGCACCAGCAGCUCUCGGGUGAUGCAGCUGAAAAGCGCAGCUCACGCCCAGGAAACAAAGUCAUCAAGUCAGCCUCCGCCACCGCCCUGUCUGUCAUCAUCCCUGCAGUGGAGCAGCACGCGGGAUCCCCUCUGGCCAGCCCCAUGUCCCCUCGCUCGCUCUCCUCCAACCCCUCGUCCCGGGACUCCUCCCCCAGCCGCGACUACUGCCCGGCCGUCACCAGCCUGCGCUCGCCCAUCACCAUCCACCGCUCCGGCAAGAAGUACGGCUUCACGCUGCGCGCCAUCCGCGUCUACAUGGGCGACAGCGACGUCUACAGCGUGCACCACAUCGUCUGGCACGUGGAGGAAGGAGGUCCCGCCCAGGAGGCAGGGCUCUGUGCCGGUGACCUCAUUACUCACGUCAAUGGGGAGUCUGUCCACGGAUUGGUCCAUACAGAAGUGGUGGAGCUCAUUCUGAAGAGUGGUAACAAGGUGAUCGUCACCACCACGCCCUUCGAGAACACCUCCAUCAAGAUUGGGCCGGCCCGCAAGUCCAGCUACAAGUCCAAGAUGGCUCGCCGCAACAAGAAGACAGUGCCCAAAGAGGGCCAGGAGAGCACCAAGAAGCGCAGCUCCCUGUUCCGGAAGAUCACUAAGCAGUCCAACUUGCUGCACACCAGCCGCAGCCUGUCCUCGCUCAACCGCUCCCUGUCGUCCAGCGACAGCCUCCCCGGCUCCCCCACGCACAGCCUAUCUGCUCGCUCACCAACCCAGAGCUACCGGUCCACCCCGGACUCCUCAUACCUCGGCGCCUCCUCCCAGAGCAGCUCCCCGGCGUCCAGCACCCCGAACUCCCCUGCCGCCUCCCACCACAUGCGCCCCAGCAGCCUGCACGGCCUGUCCCCGAAGCUGCACCGCCAGUACCGCUCCGCCCGCUGCAAGUCCGCCGGCAACAUCCCCCUGUCUCCGCUGGCCCACACGCCCUCGCCCACCCAGUCCUCGCCGCCGCCCCUGCCGGGGCACACAGUGGGCAGCUCCAACACCACCCAGACCUUCCCGGCCAAGCUGCACUCCUCCCCCCCCGUGGUGCGGCCCCGCCCCAAGAGCGCCGAGCCGCCCCGCUCCCCUCUCCUGAAGCGGGUGCAGUCGGCGGAAAAGCUGGGCUCCCCGCUCUCCUCGGACAAGAAGGCGGCGCUGCGCAAGCACAGCCUAGAGGUCUCGCACGCCGAUUACCGUAAAGAGUCCUUCCACAGCGAGCUGGGCCUGCAGAGCCUGCUGGAGACCGAGGGCGAGAACGCGGCCCCCGCCCCACCCCCGCCCUGCGAAACGGGCUCUCUCAAGCCCGUCAGGAAGCUGGGCCGCCAGGAGUCUCCGCUCAGCAGGGACGCUCUGCUGGCCGGGAGAGACAAGGGCGGGACGUCCCCAGAAGGGAGGAAAGAAGGGCCGGGAACGUCGCCCACCCUGGAGGUGACCUCUGAACCUCCGGAGAUUCCGAAAACCCCUGGCCGGAGCGAGCCCUCACAGGGCAGUGUGGGAAAGCAGGGAGAUGCAAUCAGCAGUACGGCCCCUGGCGCCCAAACGCCAGGGCAGAAACCCUCUUCGUUUGCUGGCGUGGCUAGCAAUUUAGGGGUACCCACGAUAGAGACAGCAAGCAUAGGCUGUGGCCCCAAAACCCCAGAGAAGAUCAAGUCCCAGGAGAAUGCCACGAGCCUUGCUGACAGGAAGCAUCGAGGGGUGCAGACAGAGGUGACGUUUGUAGGCAAAAAAAGCCUGGAUAAGGAGAUCCAGAAGGAACAGGAAGUCAAGGCAUCGUCCCCUAAGGGCAACCUGCAGGUUGACGCAGCAGGGAAAGUCAGCCCAGGACAUGAGAAAGCCCCUGUUACUGCGGUAGUAGAGAUGGCAAAAGCUGACAGAAUCCAGGACAAAGACAAGGGGUCACAGAAAGGUUCUGCCCCCAACGGGAGAACUCCAGAAUCUAGUGCAACAACAUCAAAUGGAAGCAGCAGUCAGGCCCCAGCUCAAACCAAACAACAAGAGGCCCGAGACAAGAGCAUGGCGUCGGUGAACUGUUACAGAGGAGCUCAGGACAAAGAGGAGAAGUGGUUUUUGGAAGUGGUGGAGGAGCACACUACAACUGUCUCCUCUCCUAGCAAAUCCAGACCUGUUUCCCCCAGUGAUAGAUCCAGUUUUGUCACUCAGCUGACCAGCGUGGCAAAAACUGUACUGGGCCCCAUUAAAAUGGGUUCCUCCAGUGGGGCAGAGGGAGUCAAGGGCAAAGAUAGUCCCAAACCACCUGGAGAGGAGAGAAGAGGAAGCUCUGCAGGAAAGCCUGAGGCUCCAACUGGGAGUAGGCCGGUUACCCUAGCAACGCAGCAGGGCCUAGUCAGCACCAGUCAGCCUGAUAAAACAGAAAGUUCCCCCAAAUAUCAUUAGUGUUAUAAGGCUGUUUGGAGGAGGAACCUGAAAAUUCAAAUGCCUUUCAAAGUGUGAGAAUGGUGCCAACUUCCACACACACAAGAAACAUGUGGAUAUGUGAAAAGAAAUAAAGGGAUUUAUAAAAGUUAAAGCAAAAGACUAUGAUUGUAAAGGUGCUUCAGCGGCUGUUUUGAAUCAUGUACAUACAAGCCAGUGCUCUAUCAUAUACAUAUAAAGGAAAAUAUCUCUGUGUGAAUGCAUGAUCCAUACAGUCUCGGCAUAAAAAUAUUUAGGAGUAUAAAGAUAAGUGCUUUACCUACUAACAGUGCUGAAUACUGUGAACACCAAAUUUGGAGCGGCACUGGUUUCAAAUGGGCAGGCAAUGUGAAUAGGUUUGGGACAACCUAGGUUGUGUUACUCCUUAAGACACAGCAAGAAGCAGAGAAAUGGCAGUACAUUAAGUAAGACUUGACUUACAAUGAUAGACAGUGGUAUUUAAAAACCGAGGAAAUACUGCUGUGAUUAUUUCUUGUGGGAAAAAAUAGGUAGAUUUUUCAUCCUGCAGGGAUCACUGCAUGCACCGUUUCUGAAACUCUUUGCAGGAUGUCUUGGUAGCUACAGUGCACGGAAGUAUAAAAAAUGUAUUCUUCUGUUUGCACCUAAUACAGUAGGGUUUCCUUCACACUGCACUGGACCUGGUGAGGUUUGAGAUGCGAUAUUUUGGGGUGGUAAUGGGGGCAUGUAGCAAAUUAUAUUUACAAUCCUUUCUUGUAACUAGGAAGGCAUCACAGAAACCUAGUGGUGUAGCUGAGUGCUGGCACCUUUCAGUUCUGUUUUUUUUUCUCCACUUAUUGCUGUUAGGAAUAGCAGAGUUCUUUUUUUUUACUGGGAGAAAGACAGAGCCGUUUCUCUGCUCCUUGUUCCAAAGCUUGUAAAAAAAAAACUCAUGCCAAGGAUCCUGUCAUUUCUGUAAAAAAAACAAACAAAACAAAACAAUGCACGUUACAGUGUGUACUGUACAGAAACGCAAAUGCCCAGAAGCUUUAGGUGGAAAGAUCUUAAGGGGUUUCAAAGCUGAACAAGUCAGGGUGUGGGGCAGUUCCUUUCAACUUUAUAUUGUCAUGAAAAACCUGAGCGAGCGGCAGGCAAGAAGCUAAGAACUUCUGUUGUUUGGACUGAAGAUACUAUUUGUUUAUCCCGAUUUGUGCAAGGUCUUAUCGUGCCCCAACUCCGCCCUCAAAAAAAAAAAAACAUUGCCUUAUUUAAGAUCUUACCAUCAGAUGCAGAGUCCCAGCGUCCUUUAUCGCGCCGGCGCGUCAGGUACAGACGUUCUCAGUCCUACACCUUGUUGAGACCCUGUUAUUAAAAUACGGAAGCGCAUUGCUGCCAUCUUGGGGGGGAAUCCGAGCUAUCUCGUAACUGAGACAGCAAGGAUCAUUUGAGUGUAUGACCAACCUGUUAUAUUUGCAGGAGCUGUGGUUUUACUGCUUCAACGAACUUACUUACUCUGACUAACGAAGCCAUCGUUAGUCAGAACGAAAUGUUACGGUUUGUACCUCAAAGCGCGCACGUAUCCUUAAAACAAGAACACGUGUGCCGUGGAAUCGAUUACUUGAUGCCCUUGAUGGCAGCCAUGCGCUUCCUUAUGAGACACCCCAGAUAUGUGUUCAUCUCUGGCGUACCCCAGCAAAAUGGCAUCGGACUCCAGACAGCUACUGGCUAUGUUAUUCUAACACAAGACAGCAUAGCCUGUCGUUGUGUCCUGUAUACGAAUGUUUCUCAUUUUCCUCCGCACCAAAUUCUUCUUUGCGUCAGUGCAGCCGGGCUCUUCCGACACUAUACUAUACAGUAUAUCCAGAUGUGACAAGCGAAAACUUGCGCUUGCCUGCUGUACCUACCCGCUGGACCCUGCUCUUCUGUUUGUCACGGGAUGUGCGUGUUUUUAAUCACGCUCUCGAACUGGCCUCCACUAGCCUGACCAUAAAACGACCCGCUGAGCGGUCCGGCACACUUGAAAAACUGCCCUUACCGAAGGACAUUCAUUCGUAAAUUCUGCGUUACCCCCAUGUUGUGGUGAAAAUAAAAUAGUUAAUUCCAUAAGGAACGCGGUAAACGCGUUAUUUCAGAUAAUGAAUCACCAGUUUUCAUUCCCACAUAACGCUGUGUAAACAUAAGGCUGUUUUAAAAAUCUUAGUGUCCCGUUUGAACUCGGAGCCUUAGGGUCUCGAUGGUUUAGACACAUUGUCCAGGAACGCUUCCCUUACACUUCCAAAUUGUUUAAAUCCGUGAUGACGACGUGUCUUAGAAGUAAGCGUUUUCGCCACAUCCUACAGAUAUUAAAUUUUGAGCCGUGCUGGGUGUGUGCCCAGGAGAUCUCAGUAGAAAGCCUAGAAAUAUAUACAGUAUAUACAGUAGAUCGUGUCAGAAUUCCAGUAGCAGAUUGUUAAAGAGCAGCCGUGUAUCCGCAAGAAAAAAAGCAGCUAGGUUUUCAAAAUAAAAAAAAAGAUCUGCUUUAAUUUCAGGAAUAUUUCCAAAAGUCUUGCUAACUUUCAGAUCCAUGCCAACGUCGCUGGCUGUUGGACCGAACUGUUAAUUUUUAUGCAAAAACUAUGUAAAAUGAAAUCGUGUGGGUGUUAAAAAAGUGUUCAUAUACAAAUUUCUAAAAAAAAAUGUGUUAUUUGUGAUGUAUGGGGCAUUAAGGAGAGAUAUAUGCAAGUAAUUUUGCGAGGCUGUGGUCAACUGAACAUCAGAACCGACUCGCACAGUCGUAUGUGUCCUCAUCUUUUUUCUUUUGGCUUUUUAAACGCUGCCCUCUAGUGGUGAGUUCUAGUGGCUGUCCCAGGUAAGGAGGGGGUACUGCGAGGACACACACACCCAAACCGUGAGUCCCAAGAAUUCGUGACAGUUUUUGACUGUCUUAAAAGUGCAAACCCGAAGCAGCUAGGGGCACACCUGAUCAAUCGCUGACGGGCGCACGAUCAGUCACUGCGAGGCAGUUUCUGGUGCCAAGCAACCACCAGUUUCUGGUGCCAUAGCGUGAUCCUUCCCGCUUCACCUGCCGGUCGUUAAAAACCGUUUUAGUUCCUCUGUCCCGCUUCUACGUGUCGGCAGCUUCUCUGUUCGACGCGCACCAUAUCUACAGAUUAGAUAACACCGCCAAUCAGCUCUUUGUGUGGGGAACGGGAAGUAAUUGCUGAAAAGAUCAUGUGGUGUACCAGUAAACAGGUGUCUGUAAAAUGUAUCGAGCGUUGCGAUAGGAAAUACCGCACCUGCUCGGAAACCGCUUGGCGCAAAUAGAGUAGUUGUUCAGCUGGAGACAAAAUCAUUUCUAUAGUCGCAGCUUAAAUCGACCGGAUGACCAGCGGUUUACAAACUUUCUUAUGUGUGUCUAAACCGCAGUAACAAGCUUUUUAGUCGCGCAACAGAUUUAUUUAGGUGUGAGUUAUGAUUAUACACUAACUGAUACCAAAUUGGGCUGCCAAUUGAGUCUUUAUUUUGUACGUAUCCUUACCUUAGAGAAGCUAGCGACACCCCUAAAGAGACAGCAGCGCCUCCCUACUCUACGGAGGUCAAAGCCAUCGCCCUCAAGUCGUCUUCGGUUUCUUUCGACGUGAAAAAUCAGCCCUUUUAUUUCCUCGUUUUAUUAACACGUAAAAAUGAGAUAUUAUGACAAAAAUAUGGUUGUUGCAGAAUUAGUACAGUAGUACACGAUGUCCUGUGGAAAAGAAAGUGCUCACUUCUGUUUAACAAUAUUGUGUUCGCUCAGUUCAUGUUUAUACGAUGUCCCUCUCUGAAUAAAGUAACGUGGUAGCGUCAGUUUAAUAUAAUGUGAUGGCAAAUCUUUUUUUUAAUUGUUUUAAUUUUCCAAAUGCACUUUAUUUUUUUGCCAUAUAUAUUUACUGUAUUUAAAUUUAUUGAUCGGUUAUGUUUACAUGCGUGCCGCUUUCAAAAGCGCAGGCCUUGGAGUGAGACUGUUUCGUUUCUCCACGUGUUUCUGUAUAUUUUGUUCGUUAUUCUUAUUUCAGUAACUGCACAGUGGGGUUACGGUUCAUUGAACUUAAUUGAUCAAUUGAUUCAAUCGUUGUGUGGGUGUUUUUUUGUCGUUGGUUUGUUCUGGGUUUUUUUUCUAGAGCACUUUUUCGUUGUGACUGGGUAUGAAUCCAACGCAGAAGACAACUGAAGUUCAGUAAAUGUAAUAAAAACUCAGAGAAAUGACAGAAAAGA